UUGUCUGUACCGUGUUGACUUCCUCAAAGCCCCCCCUCCCUGUCGCUUUCCUCCUUUUACUAACGUCCCCUUUGUGACGCUCCUGAGCGGUCACCUCCCGUUAGCCUGCGUUAGCAUUUACAGUAGCUAUACCCGGGUAAGUGUUAGUUAGCCAAAGUGAAGGGCGAGGAUUUAAGCCGCUGGGUCUGUCUCAGCUGCCUAGGUCCUGUGACUAUUUAACGACUUCAUCACGAGAAAGCACCGAUGAAAUGUACAUGUAGACUAAAGGCGUUACUGGAAAAAAAAGAGCUACAGUAGUGUUAUGUGUAAAGUGCAGUUAGAUGUAGCAGUGGUAUUAAUGUCAUUUCUGUAGCAGUAGACUUGAACUAUAAUUCACCUUUUCACGUUCUGUGCCCCUAGUUUCAGCCGCUGACUCUGACAGGACCCACCUGAACAGGUACUCCAAACAUAAACAAAAGGAGGGGGAUAGAGGGUAACUACAUUAACUCCCCCCCAAAGUGGGUCAACAGGGCAUACAUCGAUUAAGCAAAUGGGGUCACUGGUGAAGCCGUGAUUACUGCCUGGUUGACAGGAGAGCAGGGACACAUGGGCAGACCAAACAGGAUGCUGUGUGCCUGCAAGCACUGUGGAUCUGCUCUUAUGACUAAACAAACUCCCUAAUAUGACCUUUAAACUAGGCCGUAACUGGAACAAUCCCACCAUUCCCAGAGGCUUCCUUAACUUAGUUAGGAACCUACAACUAUGCCAUGCAAUGUCUGUGUCUUUGCCACAGUAAUACACAGUUUACCUGCCUAUUUUAUGAAUGGUGCUUUUAUAAUAGACUUAGAACUGUAUAAUGGGAUUAGAAGAGUUUUAACCUAAUCUUACUACACUCUGUUUUAUUCAGACCUUAAGAUCACAUUCACAAUUUCCUUUUUUCUCUAAAUGCAUUGCAUUAUACAACUGAAGGGAAGCCCUAUGCAUCCCAUUUGGAGGAGGGAGGGAGGGAGGGAGGGUUGUGGACGCUCAUUGUUGAGAGUUUCCUGUUGUUCAGUUUGGCCUUGUGUGUUUGAAGGUGCUCUGUCUGGGAGAAGGGUCACAGCCUCCUUAACUGCAGAGCCUCCUUAACUACAGAGCCCCCACUGUUUGCGCUUCCUCUUGCCUGUGGACUGCUCAAAGUUAGCUAUUUUUACAGCCUGCUUCCUAUAGACACCUCCAACACUGUAUGGACUCAACAUAUGACACGUGUUGAGACUUGGACCUGGAUUGACACUGCUUUUACAUCUUGGAUGUGUCUGUUUAGGCUUGAUAAAGAGCAAUUGUAAGAGAGCCACACGUUAGGAACAACCUAGACAAGAUCAGCACAGUUGAUCAUAAUGACAAUAAUAUUUAACUCAACAUUAAACUAGACCGUUAGAGAAGGUCAAUGUUUUCUGUGUGGAAGGACCAGCCUGACUGCUUUUUUUCCAAUCAAAUCAGGAGCCCACAAGACAAUGUAAGUUCCAGAUGUGAUCCUUUAACAUUUAGAAAGUGCUCUCGUAGCACACAUGCCUCCAACAGGACUGCAUGACUGUGUCAACUAUACAUUUCAAUGUAAUAUAAUGUUUAUACCCCAUCUGACUUGAGGUUACACCAAGUAAGUUUGGCUCCAGAUCUGCAUCAGAAUGUACUAAAAGAUAAUUGAAUACAGAUGACCGGUUCUUCACAGAUAAGUACAGAUUAGCCUUUGAGAAAAUAGCUAAAAAUGAUUAAUAUGCCUUUGUCAGCAGAACUGUUGAUGUGUCACAGUUGGGGAAAGUUUUACUGAUCACAUUAAUGAUGGUGCCAUUCUAUGAGUAUCCCAGUAAGUCAUGACGCAUGAUACCAGGACCCUGAAACUAAGGAUAUCAGUCAUUUUUGAUUUUAUUAUUUACACCUGUGCAUUUCCCAUUGUGACAAGUCUAAAUGUCUUUCAUGAAAUAAGCCUAUACAUCUAUAGAUAUAUAUCUUUAUUUUCGUGUCAUGCACAUAAUGUGUCCAACCCUCGUUGGUUUAUAAGACACCAGAAAUACAGCUGCAGUGGUCAUUAAGACUUUAAUUACAAAAUCACAGGUUACUUCACCGCUCGAUUUUCAACAAAACAUUCUGCCGUCCCUCCCAGGCCUGGCAAAUUCUAUCUGCUACAAAACAGGUUCCUUUGCUGAAGGCACACCUCAGGUUUUUCAUAGUCAUCCAGCCAAAUGAAAUCCACAUAAAUGAAAGUCACUGUUGUGCAUCCCUUAUGUCCUCGUAGAUGGGACAGUAAAACAAAAAGUUUGCACAUCGGGAUCUUCGUCUUUUGUUUAAGUUAUACUUCACAUAAAGUUCUGCACUAUAGUUAUUCUUUAUGAGACAAUAAGUUGUAUACAUAUACCAUAUAUCAACAGAACAUUUUUCUCUAUGUAUGAGUCGAAGCAUUUGACACUUUUACGUCUGAUGUACAUAAAGAAGCAGUGGGACCAACAAGUGGGACUUUGGUGUCUGUGUCUCAGUGUUCCUGGGUGUGUUUAUCUCUUUAUUUCUGUGUGUGGGUGAGGGGUCAUGUGUCAGUCCUCAGAGUUAUGGAACUGCCAUCUGUGAUGUCAGCCAAGAAGUCUAAACUGAGGUCACAUCCUCCAGUGGAAUAGAUUUUCUGUAUUUCAUUUUGCCCCUUUGUUUUGGGUUGGCACACGCUGUCCAUGUUCUGCAUUCUCUGGCAAACACAUUUCUUAACAGCUGGAACACGGAGCUCAUUUGUGCUGCAACAACAACAACAUAUGUUCAAUGGUGCUACAUAAACAUCGCUCACAACACAAAAGUCUAACCAAAACAUAAGCACUUAAAUAUUAGUGUCUCAUCGUAUUAUAGUUAUGAACUUUUUAACACAUUGAUUUAUUGAGUUUUACACUUGAUUUGUGACUUAAUUAAAUAUGCAAUAAAUGGAAAAAUCCACAUCCAGAAAAAUUGUUAUCUGAUAAUCUCAUGGUUGUAUUCCGCCAAUGUCUCUCUGUACAUGAUCUGCCAAUUAGAUAGAAGGUCACAGGGAGUUGCAAGCUGAACAGCCAAUAGCAAAAUAGCGUCACAAGGAGAAAGUUAACUGGGACGGUGGUUGUCUUGUGGCUUCUCCCCCCUUUUUUUUAAAAAUAAGCCAUCGGUGGGAGGAGCAGAAGGAAAGAAAAGGACAACACGUGAUGUAUGAGUAGAACUGGUUAUGACAGUCUGACACACACACACAGCCUGACAGGAGAGGAGCCUCAUCUAAUUGUAAAGAUCUUCUUUUCCAUGCUCUCAUUGCUUUCGUGGAAGAGAGGAGACUGAGGACAGAGCCUUGAACUCAGAUGCUGUGAUGGACACCAAGGCGGUGUUCGCGGCCCUGUACAGCGUGUGUGAAGAGAACGCCACCUUCUUCUCAGGAGGCGCCAAGGGCUCGCAGGGCGAUGCCGCCCGCCGGCUGGUGAACACCAUGAAGCUGAUCAAGGAGCACGCUCGCAGUCUGGAGCCCGUUGUCUCUGGCUUUGCCGCAGUUUACCAUCAUUUUGACUUUGACCCACACAUACCUGCCAACGGCUACCGCUCACUGGUCAAGGUGUUGCGCUGCUGCCUUCUCCACAUCAUCCAGAAGGGGCGCUACAUCACCGCCAACCGCCGCAGCAUCUUCUUCCGAGUAGCGCACAAUGCGGGGGAGAUGGAGGCCUACUGCAACGCUCUGUGCCAGCUGCGCGCCCUGCUCUACCUGGCUCAGCGCAUGCUACACGACAACAGCCACGGCAACCUCUUUUUCCAGGAUGAAAGUGGCCUCAGUGAGAGCUUUGUCCACGAGUACUCGUCAAUGCACAAGGGCUGCUUCUACGGCCGCUGCCUUGGCUUUCAGUUCAGUCCGGCCAUUCGUCCCUGUCUCCAGACCAUCGCUAUUGGCCUUGUGGCCUUUGGAGAAAACUACAAACGCCAUCAGUCUGGAAUAGGCGUCGCAGCCAGCUCUUUCUUCACCUCGGGGAAGUACGCCAUCGACCCAGAGUUGAGAGGGGCCGAAUUUGAACGCAUCACCCAGAACCUGGACGUCCAUUUCUGGAAGAGCUUCUGGAACAUUACUGAGACCGAAGUCCUGUCGAGUCUUGCCAGUAUGACAUCCACGCAGGUGAAGGUGAACCGGGCUCUUUCCGUGCCCGCUGUGCCCUUUGACCUUCCCCUGGCGGCCAACCACAGAACAUCUGUAACUAUAGCUCGACCAUCAGCACACAUCGGCACCGCUCCAGUUCAGAUGAGGCUCAUCUCCUAUGACUUACGUGAAGGACAGGACAGUGAGGCUCUGCUGUCUCUCGCUCGCUCUGAGGGCGGCUCCAUCUCUCUGUCUCUGGGGCUGAAGACCAAGCGCCUCCCCUCGUCUCCCUGCCUCCUGAUCCACUUCCAUGGGGGAGGAUUUGUGGCCCAGACCUCCAAGUCACAUGAGCCCUAUCUGAAGAGCUGGUCCCAGGACCUUGGUGUCCCCAUACUGUCGGUGGACUACUCGCUGGCCCCUGAGGCCCCCUUCCCAAGGGCCCUGGAGGAGUGUUUCUACGCCUACUGCUGGGCUCUGAGAAACCACCACCUGCUGGGCUGGACCGGAGAAAAGGUGUGUCUGGCUGGUGACAGUGCGGGAGGCAACUUGUGCGUGACUACGUCUAUGCGUGCUGCUGCCUUUGGUGUGCGGAUGCCAGAUGGCCUUGUCGCAAUCUACCCGGCUACCCUGCUGACUGCCUACGCUUCGCCCUCCCGUCUGCUAACACUUAUGGAUCCCCUGCUGCCGCUCAGUGUGCUCUCCAGGUGCCUCAGCGCCUACGCAGGCAGCGAGCCGCAGACGGAGGCGCAGGUAGAGAAAGCGAGCACGCUGAGCCUGGUGAGGAGAGACACGGCUCUGCUGCUCAGAGAUUUCCGACAGGGCGCCUCCAACUGGAUCCACUCUCUGCUGGAUUCCAACAGAGCCGCCUCAGCCUCCCCCAACACAGCUGCAGACAGGCCCCCGAGAGCCACUGACACAGUGAGGAAGAGCAUUUCCGAGGCGUCCAUCUCUUCUCCUCACGCCGACCCCCCCGUAGCCUCCGAUACCUCAGAGUUCCUCUCCAGGAAAUUAUCUGUGAAGAGCCAGACUUGCCAGGACUUGGGAUCCCACAACAACUCUACUUCUCACAGUGCACCGGUGCUCUCUGAGCGCACGCCGGAAGAUGUGAAUUUCUUCCUCUCCAAGGAUGCAGACCCCUCCAUGUCCAGGGACCUGUUUUCAGUGGCCAUACCACCGCCUGUCCGAGAGGAGGGAUCCGAGCUGGAGCACCGGAGGGAGUUCCCCCUGGGGUUCGAGCCGCUGCGCUCAGAGCAGCUGUCUGAGAUGACGAUGCAGAGCUCUCCAGUGGUCAAGGAUCCCUUCUGCUCUCCUCUGCUGGCUCCUGAUAGCAUGCUGAAAGGGCUGCCACCUGUACACAUAGUGGCUUGUGCAUUGGACCCCAUGCUGGAUGACUCUGUGAUGUUUGCCAAGCGCUUGAGGAACAUAGACCAGCCCGUCACUCUGUGCGUGGUGGACGACCUCCCCCACGGCUUCCUCAGCCUAUCGCAGCUCUGCAGGGAGACGAAGGAGGCUGCCAACAUCUGCGCGGAGAGAAUUCGCGCCGUCUUCACCCAGAAGGACACACCCCCGGAGCCACGCAAGCACCGCAAGCUGGAACGGACCGAUAGGGGCGUGUCGGCCUCUUCUGGGGAAGCCGGGUCUCUCUGCAACGGCCCCAUUGAGGGAGGGGAGCUUGCUGUCGGGACGGGGUCUAAAAUUGCUGAUGGGGAGGGCUUAGUUGCUGUGGCAGCCCAGAACAAUACUGAUGCUGUUAGUAUUGAGCUGUAAAUACGGUUAGAUAACAAAACUGCAGUUGACCCUUGGAGUGAAGGGAGAAAGAGUAAAUGAAAGUCAGACAAAUGUAGGUAGGUAGGUAGAGAGAGAGAGAGGGGUAGAGAGAGAGAGAGGGGUAGAGAGAGAGAGAGAGAGAGACAAACACAC